AUGUCCUCCCCAAUCACCCUGUACGACAUCGCCUUCAGAGCCCCAGUAGAAGCGAAUGCCUCCGCGCCAAACCCCUGGAAAGCGCGAUACGCCCUAAACUUCAAAGCUGCGAAUUACAAAACGCACUGGGUCCCUUUACCCGACGUAUCCAAAGUACGCAAACAAGUCGGCGCACCAGCAUGCCGAAAACUCGCCAACGGCGAAGACUUCUACACAUUACCCAUGAUCACAGACCCAAGCACGGACUCAAUCAUCGGUGAUUCCCUCGAUAUCGCCAUCCACCUACAACAAACUUAUCCCGAAGCUGGCGCAGGUGAUCUCUUCCCUGUACAAACGCUGGACUAUUCGUAUACACCUCCAUUCGACUUCCCCGCCCCUCUAUCCUCGCACGCCGAGGAUGAAUAUGGAGAAUAUGUGCGCUUCAACACGAAUGUGGAUAAUGUAUUCAGCUCACAUUGCAUUCUCGCGACACACGGAAUGCGAUUAGAUCCCGCGCGAGCAGAGGAGGUGAAAGCGGAGUUUGUGCGACGAUCUGGAUUGAGUUCGUGGGAUGAUUUCGGGAUUCAGGGAGAGAGAAGGGAACAGACGAAGGAGUCGUUUCGGGAGGCGUUGACUGGAGUUGCAGUUUUGUUGAAGAAGGAUCCUAGUGGACCUUUUAUUCUGGGGACGAGACCUACUUAUGCGGAUUUGAUUCUGGGAGGAUGGUUGCAGAUGAUGAGCAAAACUUUACCGGAGAGUGAGUGGGAGGAGAUGAGAGGUUGGCAUGAUGGGGUUUUGGGGGAUUUGCAUCGGGGAUUGGAGAAGUUUGCUGAGGUGAAGUAG